UGUGUCAAUGAGCGAACUUCAGUUCUGUAUUAGGUCUUGACAGGUGACUGGUGGUGUUAUGGCUGUAGAAUGGAAAACAGUUUUUAUGACAGUUGCUGUGGUGUGUUUAUGUUUUGUAGGCAUUCCAAUUAGAGUAGAUAAGCCGAUAGACACUGCUACUCAGGCACUAUUUAAGGAUUACGUAAAGCGCUUUAAUAAGACCUAUGAGAAUAAUGAAACGGAGUACGCGCUGAGACUGCGUCAGUUCCAGGAAUCCUUGGAAAUGAUUCAGAAGUUGAACAGUGAGAGGAAAUCAGAAGCCAGUGCUCAUUAUGGACUAACAAAAUUUUCUGACAUGUCACCUGAUGAAUUUUUGCAUCAUCAUCUGUAUGUUGGCCUUCAAAGUCACUUGAUGAAAUGCAAUCAUUGGAGGAAUAGGACACAUCAUUCUCAUGAGCGUAAGGAGAGAGCAAUAAAGCCUGUAUCUCUACCAGAACGUGUUGACUGGCGUGAGAAAAAUGUUAUUGGGAAAAUCAGAAAUCAAAAGACAUGUGGUGCUUGCUGGGCCUUUAGCACAGUUGAAACUGCAGAAGCAAUGUACGCAUUGAAAACAGGAGUUCUUGAAGAAUUAAGUGUUCAAGAGAUGAUUGAUUGUGCUCAGAAUGGGAACAUAGGGUGUGCUGGUGGUGAUACAUGUAGUCUUCUUGAAUGGAUUGUUGCAAAAAAUAUUUCUAUUGCGUUAGAAAAACAGUAUCCAUUAACUCUGGAGACACAGACAUGUAAAUUAAAAGGGUCUGGUAAUGGUGUCCAUAUUGCCCCAAAUUUUACAUGUGACUACUUAGUUGGAAAUGAAGAAGAAAUUCUAUUAAUGCUAGCGAAUCAUGGGCCUCUUAUUGUUGCAAUUAAUGCCCUAAAUUGGCAGAAUUAUUUAGGUGGAAUUAUUCAGUUUCACUGUGAUGGCAGUCCUGUACACAUAAACCAUGCAGUGCAGAUAGUGGGAUAUGAUAAAUCUUCUGCUGUGCCACAUUAUAUUCUUCGGAAUUCUUGGGGGCCAGAAUUUGGUGAUAAAGGAUAUUUGUAUAUUGCUAUUGGUGAAAAUCUUUGUGGAUUAGCAACGGAAGUUUCAUCACUAGAUGUAUUAUGAACGUCCUUCUGAGAUACACUUCACAUUGUUCUCUUCCAUGUCAUAAAAGUAAAAAAAAAAGGAAUUUUUUAGAUUUCUAGAGUAAAUGUGAGCUGUAAGAUACUAUAUUUUAGACGAUUUUACAGUAGGAGACAAUAGCAUAGUGUAGAAAAAUGAGGAUUCUGUUUUGUUUGUUUUAUGAGCAGAGCAUUUAACUUUUAUCUUACUGUAAAAGUGCCCUACACAGAACACAUGGGCAGCAUGCAAUCCAUCCAGUACUUUUACGUAUAACAUUUAAAACCUAGGGCAUCUUUUAUUCCAUAGAAUAAGGCUGUAUGACCUUUUUGUGGUGCCAGUGUUACCAUGACUGGGUGAAUGUGUAAUGAAUAAUCUGUCCACUGCUGAUGAUAAUAUUUUAAUUUUUUAGCAUACAUUUUGAAAGAAAAGUGUAGUUAGCAACAUCCAGCACAGAAUUUUUUACUUGGCUUCUCAUGUGAUUCAGAUUUUCGUGUGCAAACACAUGGAAAAGUAUUCAAUCUAUUUUAUAAGGUUUUUUUUUUUUUUUUUUUGCAAAACUUGAUCUUGGGAGUCAAGUGCGGAGAAUCCUGAAUGUGUUAAUUGUUUUGAUUAACACUAAAUGGAUAAUCAGAUAGUUCUGAUAUAACGGGGGUAAUGUGCUGCCCAAAGUGCCAUAUAAAAGGAAUAUUUUAAAUAUCUAGUAUUUUUUAAAUUUUAUAGCAUCUAAAUAAAAACAUUUCUACAUGUUAUAUUAGCAGAUAUUUUAAAAUAAUGUGCUGCAUAUUUUCAGACUGUAAAAUGUGUUGAAAGAAGACUGUUACUUGUGUACAAGAGUCAUAUAACUUCAGCUUGUAGAUUGUGCAUAUAAUGUUUCUAACAUUUGGAAACAAUGAUCUAUGCAGCAUCGCCGGGUUGUCCGUAAUCCACUUAGUUUUUAGCCGAAGUUAAGGAAAUGUGAUUUCAUAAAACUGAAACUUAGGCAUCAUUUGAUACCUUUUUGUGUACCAUUUUUAGACAGUGGAAUGGCAAUGAGAACAGCUUGUGUGAGGCAUUAAGUGAAGUUUCAUCUGUUUGUGGAUUAGAAAACUUUAUUAGUUGUUAUUAUUGCUAGAGUUUUUGUUUUUUAUGGAUACAGUUUGUAAAUAAUCUUUUUAUAAUAUUUCAAAUUCAUUUCAGUUUAUUUGUUGUUACUUAGAGAUCUACCAUUCACUCUAAGAACUUGUUUAUAAUAUCGAAGAAGAAACAGUGCAAAUAAACCAGUCAUUUUUAUGAAGCAGGGUAGUGGGAAAUAAGUAUUUUUUUAUCUGUUGUCUGUCAAACCAUUCAAUCCCAGCUUACUGGAAUGCAAAAUAAAACAAUAUUAGUAAAACAAUAUGACAUUCAUAAUAAUGGCUGAUGUGUUUCUUGUGUGUCUGAUAGUGUAAGAUUUGAUGUAAUAUAAAACCUUCCUCAUAAACGUGGAACGGAGUGUCUACCUGACACAAGUUUAUGUAACUCAGUGUCACCAGGAGAGUGUAAAUAAAAAUUUAUGAUGUCCCCUCUCAGCAAUAUAUUGCAAACAAGUGAGUUUGCUUGUUUCAGAACAAGGUUAUAUUUGUACAGAUUAAAUAAUGUGCUUUAGGUAUAGUUGGUUUAAGGCCAUUUGUUGUCAGUAGCAGGUGUUUUGAUUGCUGAAUGAACAUUAUUGUUAUGCUUCUGACUGUGGGACACUUUUUUAGUAUUAAGUUGUGAUACUUGGCUUCUCAACCAAAAUUGGUGCUUUUGACAAUUGUGUUGUGGCAUUAUCAGUCUUUCCUUUGAGUCAUGUACAAAUUCCAAAAUUGAUGGAGUCACACAAGAGUUUUAAGGAAAUGGAAGUGUGUGAAUUCAUGUACAAGAUAAUAGAAAGUAUAUGUUAGUGAAUCUCCAUAUGUGGAACACAGUGCAUCUUUCAGAAAAUAAAAGGGUCAGGUAAAUAUUGUACAUUUUGUUCAACGUCUUGAUUGAUCUUGCAUGGAAACAACAAUUAGAAUAUGUUCAGAGUCAUCCUGUAACUGGGGGAGAGAUUAAUGUAAAGUUGUCCUCAAUCAGAAGGUUGGUGGUUCAAGACUGCAGUGCUGUACUAAGCAUGGUCCUCCUGAAAGCAGGGUGCCUUGCUUUCUUCCAACCUACAAAAUGACUUAUCCAGCCAUUUUUAUGGAAUUUAUUUAACAGGAGAGUUGAUACAUCACAGCCUGUUGAAUUUUUUCAUCCAUCUUUACAUGUAAAAUGCCAUACAUUUUAACAUCUCAGUUUCAUUUGCUUUGUUAAAUCAAUUCUGGUCUGAUAAAAUUAGCUUGUGAACAUGAAAGAUUCAGAAAUGGCACAGCAUGGUCAGUUUAGUAAAGAGUUAUAAUGUGUGCUUGUAUAAUUUUUGUGAAAGGAAUGUCAUUCAUAACUGUAAAAAUUGAAGCACAUUGUUUUUCUCUACUGUCAUUAAAAUGAAGGAGUAGAUGUUGUCUUAAAGUGUCUUGCACUUAGACCUAGCUUGCAGUCUCUCUCUCUCUCUCUCUCUCUCUCUCUCUCUCUCUCUCUCUCUCUCUCUCUUUCUCUUUCUUUCUCCAGAUGUUUUCUUUCUGUGAGUGUGUAUAGUGUUCCAGGUUUGCAACAUAUCACAUCUUUUGUAGUGAAAAGCAGAAAUCACUUCUUAAGUAUCACCCAUUUUUCAUUAUCUCCAUAUGCUACUUAAGCUUCUUUAAUAUUCUUAAUUUUUGUCACUAAACUAAAUCUGCUCUCUAAUCACUCCAGAAUGAUAAAGAAAUGAGUGUUUGUGUUGUUGUGAAGUCUACAGAAUAAUAAAAGUAAGAUAUGUGCAUUUGGGUGAAGAGCAUCGAUACUGAAAUAUUUUUUAACUGAGCUGGCAGUAGCGUCAAAAGACAGGGUUGUUUCGGGUAUAAUGCAGGCUCUCUUUCUGGUAUUGUGUGGGAACCUAUACUAGGUAAUAGGAGGGGGGGGGGAAGGGAGGGACCAGGCUCAGAUUUCUUUUCUGCAUACUACCCAUUUCUCAGACUUGGCAGGAUGCGUAUAAAGAAUAGUUCCUAUCAUAAAAACAGCUGGUAAUAUUGUCAUAGAUCCUUGAUGUAGUUUAGUCAUGUACUGUCCUCCAUGAAAUAACCAAAGGUCUCUGGAAAAAUGUUACAUUGGGUUGAGGAUGUCGAUGUUCGUGAAUUCACUCACCCCAAUAAAUGCUUCAUCAGAGAAAGAGAUUAUUUCAGGAUCAGCUUCUCCAUCAUGCACAGACUACAGUAGCCAGCUGCAUUGCUAAUGUCAAGCAGGGAUAUCUGAAUCAGUCAAAGCAGUACCGUUUCUUUCUAAAGCUUUAGUUCAAGUUUGUGAAAAGCAUCAGUUCAAGUUUGUGAACUGCUUUUGAGCAAAUGCUGAGAUGCCAGUCUGAAGUGCUGUGUUUCGCAACAGUUUUCUUGGGCCUCUCUCCAUGGCUGUUCUUAACUGGUCUAGUUUUGCUAGAGCAAAGAAUCGACAUGCCAAAAUUUGAUGAAUGGUGACGAUUGAAGCCUGUCCUCUGUCCCCCCACCCCACACUCAUCCCUUAUUUCUUCAUGCAUAUUGCCCAUUCCCAAACAUAGUACCUACUUGUGCCAUAUGCGAAAUACACGGUACUAAAAGUGCUAUCUUCCACAAGGUAAGAGGGGAAGGCAGUGGACAGUAAUCAAUAAUAAAGAUAGUAAAUCUCCACUUUCUCAGCAAGCAUUGUUCUGGGGCCAUUUGUUUUAUUUGGCACAAAGUUUCAACUUCUUUCUUUGACUUUAGUGAUCAACUAGAACCCAAAACCAAUGUAAUGAAGUGCCAACACUCCCACCCCAUCCCCACUUCUCUUUCCCUUUUCUCUCUGCUGUUUGAUUUGCAAAAUGCUUUACAUAUAGUAGAAAUUCUAAUCAACAAAUGCUCAUGACUUUCAAAAAAAUACUGUUAAACAUUCCCGAAAUUUUUUGUGGAAAAAGUGGUUUUAGUGAGAACUGUACCUCCAUCAUGAAACAUAUUUUGAAAUGGAUUUUUUUCACAAAACGAAACGUCACUUUCUCUGCCUUCCCCAGUGAUGAGCUAGUAUAACAUUUUAUUUUUCAGGCGGAAGAGCUCACUGAAAAUGUACAGCAUUUUUGAUGAGUGUCUCUCAUCAUACUGUGUGUCACGUUUUUGAUGACUUCAUCUGGCCGAAAUUAGAGAAAUUCAUGUUGCAUAACAUUUUAAUUUCAAUAUCAUUUGUUAAUACAUAUGAGAUUGGAAUUUUGGCUGAUACAUGACUGCAGAACUUUUCUGAAAACUUUGUAUGUGACAUGAAAAAUAAGUAUUCUUGAAAAGACUCCAUUAUUUUACGAGGAUUGAAGAACACAUUAUAUUGAAUAGAGCAUAAGGGCUAUAAGCCUAUCCAUCUGUUCGAUUAUUUUUUUGCAUUUUUAUUUGUUUUUUAACCACCUAUUUCAGAACUGGCUGAAUUUUUUUUUACUGAAGGUUAUUGCUGUUCUGACAACCUCUGUUAAAGUGUGGAUUUAAAUUUCCUCUAUUUUUGGAAAAAGUAAGAGAAAAUUUGAUGGUGUGCAUUUUGUGACUAGCAUUUCCUUCGCUGCUCUUUCUGUGCCUUACAUGUUUGGGCUUAAUAUAUGUGUGUCAGGAAUUAAAAAUGUUACAGUAUGAGACAAUUUUAGCAGAGACAAAAGUACAGCAUUUAGGCUGCCUGGGGAGAGUGUUUAUCUUUUGUUUUUGUUUGUGUUGAUGAGAUGCCACAUUCAGAGAGGAAAUUUCUCUCAGUUAGUGAAAAAGUAAGUUAAGAACAACAUUGUGGUAAUGACCAUCAAUCUUCUGACACUACUAUGAACAGAAUAUGAAGAUUUGUGAGAAUUAUUUUUUCUGCUAAUUAUGUCAAUUUACAACAAUUGUUUACGUAUGUAUGCUAAAGUCCUUUAUUGCUGAUACUAGUAUAGCUUAUAGCCAAAGCCAGUUUAUAACAGAUCUAGUACUUUACUUUCCGGCUUUUUCAGUUGCACUGUGAUCUACAAAACAGAGAUUGAGUGUGAGUGAGUUGCAUUAUCAAAAGUGAAUUUAAGCAAUAAUAUGGUUUGAUGAAUUACUCUUUCACCUGCUACUGGUAAAGAAAUUUAAUUUCAGAAAAAUGCUGAUGACUUCGUUUGUGAGGCUUUAAUUGUGUUAAACAGUUUUCCAAAACAAAUAUAUUGUGGAAUGAGAAUGUCAUUUCCUUUUUGUUACUAGACAGUGCUUCUUUGUGUGCAAAACACCAAAGAGCAAUGGAAGGUAACUAGUAAUUUACCAGUUCUGUGAUACUUCUCAGGAAAACAACAUAAACAUCAAUAAGGCAUAUUAGGACGUGUUUAAAU